ACACAUUGUUCUCGGAUGUACCCGGGCCGGGUAGAUGAACUGGAUGGUUUAUAGCCCAUUUAGUUUUACGUUUAAAGAAGUGAGGCAGGCGUCGGCACUGGAAUGCGCGGAUGUAACGUUUUAACGCCAGAUAAGGAGGGAAGUGCCAGAGAGUAACUGUGUCCAGUUAUAUCUGCGGGUAGACAGUGAUGCUAUGACCGGGGCUGUAACGGAGGCUCGGGCCACAGAUACACAUCACUACCGGCUCCGCAAGACAGACCCACCCGCCUGACAGACUGGCGGGAGAGACCGGGGGACGCGGGUGAGGUAGUGGGGACUGUGUGUGUAAUGUGUGUUCCUUCCCUGGCAGGGUGAGGUAGUGGGGACUGUGUGUGUAAUGUGUGUUUCUUUCCUGGCAGGGUGAGGUAGUGAAGACUGUGUGUGUAAUGUGUGUUCCUUCCCUGACAGGGUGAGGUAGUGGGGACUGUGUGUGUAAUGUGUGUUCCUUCCCUGGCAGGGUGAGGUAGUGGGGACUGUGUGUAUAAUGUGUGUUCCUUCCCUGGCAGGGUGAGGUAGUGGGGACUGUGUGUGUAAUGUGUGUUCCUUCCCUGGCAGGGUGAGGUAGUGGGGACUGUGUGUGUAAUGUGUGUUCCUUCCCUGACAGGGUGAGGUAGUGGGGACUGUGUGUGUAAUGUGUGUUUCUUCCCUGGCAGGGUGAGGUAGUGGGGACUGUGUGUGUAAUGUGUGUUCCUUCCCUGACAGGGUGAGGUAGUGGGGACUGUGUGUGUAAUGUGUGUUUCUUCCCUGGCAGGGUGAGGUAGUGGGGACUGUGUGUGUAAUGUGUGUUCCUUCCCUGGCAGGGUGAGGUAGUGGGGACUGUGUGGGUGUAGAUGGCACCUCGGCCGUCGUCAGGUGAGCUAUGGGGUCUCCACCUCAUGCCCCCCCGGAUCCUGGUGGACUGCUGUCUGCCCAACGGCAUGCUGGUUAGUCUGGAGUGUCUCCGAGAGGCUCCGCUCACCAGCAUCAAACAACAGCUGUUCACAGAGGCCCGGAAGUACCCCCUCUACCACCUUCUACAGGAGGAGUCAUGUUACAUCUUUGUGGGCGUGACCCAGGAGGCGGAGAGGGAGGAGUUUUAUGAUGAGACGCGGCGUCUGUGUGACCUCAGACUGUUUCACCCCAUCUUGAAGGUCAUUGAACCGCUGGGCAACAGAGAAGAGAAAAUACUCAACAGGGAGAUAGGCUUUGCAAUAGGCAUGCCUAUCUGUGAGUUUGAGCAGGUGAAGGACCCGGAGGUCCAGGACUUCAGACGGAGCAUACUGAGCGUGUGCAGAGAGGCCAUGGAGGAGCGGGAGGGGGGUGGGGCUCACACACAGGCCCUCUAUGUGUACCCCCCCAAUGUAGAGUCAGCCCCCGAGCUGCCCCAGCACAUCUACUGUAAACUGGACAAGGGCCGUCUGAUAGUGACCAUCUGGGUGAUCGUCUCUCCAUCCAACUCCAAACAGAAGUACACACUGAAGAUCAGCCAUGACAGUCUACCAGAACAACUCAUAGCUGAGGCCAUCAGGAAGAAGACUAGGUCCAUGCAUCUGUCGGCCCAGCAGCUCAGACUGUGUGUCCAGGAGUACCAGGGUCAGUACAUCCUGAAGGUCUGUGGCUGUGAUGAGUACCUGUUGGAGAAAUACCCCCUCAGCCAGUACAAGUAUGUCCGUGGCUGUAUCACCAUGGGUCGGCUGCCCCACCUCAUGCUGGUGUCUAAGGACAGUCUGUAUAGCCAGCUCCCAGGCAGUGGGUUUGUGGCCCCAUCCUACAGCCGAAGGACCCCCCAGCCCAGCCCCUGUCCCGGGGGAGGAGACCCCAGCACCCCCCGCUCCCUCUGGGCCUUCAACACCCUGCUCAGGGUCCGACUGCUCUGUGCCACAUACGUCAAUGUCAACAUCAGAGACAUAGACAAGAUCUAUGUUAGAACAGGGAUCUAUCAUGGUGGAGAGCCGUUGUGUGAUAAUGUCAACACCCAGAGAGUUCCCUGCUCCAACCCCAGGUGGAAUGAGUGGUUGUCGUAUGACAUCUAUCUGACCGACCUCCCUCGCUCCGCCCGACUCUGCCUGUCCAUCUGCUCCGUCAAGGGACGCAAGGGAGCCAAGGAGGAGCACUGCCCCCUGGCCUGGGGUAAUGUCAACCUGUUUGACUACAAGGACACUCUGGUCUGUGGUAAAGUGGCUCUGAGUCUGUGGCCGGUUCCCCACGGCCUGGAGGACCUGCUCAACCCCAUCGGAGUGGCUGGAUCCAACCCCAACAAGGAGACCCCGUGUGUGGAACUGGAGUUCUCCUGGUUCAACCAGGUGGUUCUGUUCCCUGAUGAACAGCAGAUUGAAGAACACGCCAACUGGACCAUCUCACGAGAACUGGGAUACAACUACUGUCUGGGACUGAGCAGCCGCUUGGCCUGUGACAGCAGUGUAUCAGUGGCGGAUGGAGAACAGCUGCGGUCCCUGUGUAGCAGAGAUCCUCUCUAUGAGUUGUCUGAGCAGGAGAAAGACUUCCUCUGGAGACACAGACAUUACUGUGUCAACAUUCCCGAGUCUCUUCCAAAGCUGCUGCUCUCAGUCAAAUGGAACUCCAGGGACGAAUGGUCACAGAUGUACUGCCUGUUGAGGGACUGGCCUUUGAUGCAGCCAGAAAGUGCAUUGGAGCUGUUGGACUGUAACUUUCCUGACCCGAUGGUUCGGGAGUUCGCCCUACGCUGCCUCGUACAGGGUCUCACCGACGACAAACUGAGCCAGUACCUUCUACAGCUAGUACAGGUGUUGAAGUAUGAGAUGUACCUGGACAACCCUCUGGCUCGCUUCCUCAUCAAGAAAGCUCUGACCAAUCAGAGGAUAGGACACUUCUUCUUCUGGCAUCUUAAGUCAGAGAUGCAUAACAAGACUGUGUCCAGAAGGUUUGGUCUUCUGUUGGAGGCCUUUUGCAGAGCCUGUGGGAUGUACCUCAAACAUCUCAACAGACAGGUGGAGGCGAUGGACAAACUGGUGAACCUUACAGACACUCUGAAACAGGAGAAGAAAGACGAAACCCAGAAGACCCAGAUGAAGUUCCUGGUAGAACAUAUGUCCCGCCCAGACUACAUGGAGGCUCUGCAAGGCUUUGUCUCUCCCCUCAACCCUGUUCACCAGCUGGGCAACCUCAGGCUGGAGGAGUGCAGGAUCAUGUCAUCAGCCAAACGUCCUCUGUGGUUGAACUGGGACAAUCCUGACAUCAUGAGUGAACUCCUGUUUACCAACAACGAGGUGAUCUUCAAGAACGGAGACGAUCUCCGGCAGGACAUGCUGACUCUGCAGAUUAUUAAGAUUAUGGAGAAUAUCUGGCAGAACCAGGGACUGGACCUGAGGAUGCUGCCGUACGGCUGUCUGUCUAUAGGCGACUGUGUUGGUCUGAUCGAGGUGGUGAAGAACAGCUACACCAUCAUGCAGAUCCAGUGUAAAGGAGGCCUAAAGGGGGCGCUGCAGUUCAACAGCAACACUCUGCAUCACUGGAUCAAAGACAAAAACAGAGGAGAGGCUUAUGACAGAGCGAUAGACCUGUUCACGCGGUCCUGUGCAGGAUACUGUGUAGCCACCUUCAUCCUGGGGAUUGGGGACAGACACAACUCCAACAUCAUGGUCAAGGAGAAUGGCCAGCUGUUCCAUAUAGACUUUGGUCACUUCCUGGAUCAUAAGAAGAAGAAGUUUGGCUACAAGAGGGAGAGGGUUCCAUUUGUUCUGACACAGGACUUCCUCAUCGUCAUCAGCAAGGGUGUCCAGGAGUGUACCAAGACCAAGGAAUUUGAGAGGUUCCAGGAGAUGUGUUACAAGGCCUACCUGGCCAUCCGGCAACACGCCUCUCUCUUCAUCAACCUGUUCUCUCUGCUGCUGGGCUGUGGCAUGCCUGAACUACAGUCCUUUGAUGACAUUGCCUACCUGAGGAAGACCCUGGCUCUGGAGAAGAGCCAACAGGAGGCGCUGGAGUACUUCACCAAGCAGAUGAACGAUGCCCAUCAUGGAGGCUGGACCACUAAGAUGGACUGGAUCUUCCACACAAUCAGACACAUGCCCAAUGAACACUGACACACACACACACACACACACAAUCAGACACAUGCCCAAUGAACACUGACACACACACACACACACA